AUGGAUCCCUACAACCCAAAUAAUCCCAACUCAAGUUCAUACUCGUUUUCGUCAUCCGGCUACACACCCGCAAUGGACAACGCUUUUGCGGGUUAUCAACAAAUGCCAAACGCUUUCAACCAAUACCCGUUCAACCCGAUGCAAAUGCAACAACCCAACAUGCCAUUCAACCCAUAUCAAAUGCAACAACUAAUACAAAACCCGCUAAAUAUGUCAUAUCAACCAACGCCACAAGCACCGCGAACACAAAUCGAGGAACAAGAUGAUGACGUAGAGGUUGUGCCAGAAACGCAACCUGAACCUUCAAAAAAGAAAAAUAAAAAGGGAAAGGGUAAAAAGGAAGACGCAGCCGCCAAACAACAACAACAAUGGACAAAAAUUGAGGAAGAGGCGUUGGCGAAAGCAUAUAUUAACACUUCAACGUCUCCUAUAAUCGGUAACAAUCAACUAUGCGAUUCGUUUUGGCAAGAAGCCCUUGAUAUAUUUCACGGGCUUAUGGAACAAGACGAGUACAGAAUCAUUGAUGAAAACAUGAAAAAAAAGAUGAAAAAAAAAACUAGCCGAGGAGAAGCGGAGGAGAAGGUAAAGAUGAAAAAAAAAACUAGCCGAGGAGAAGCUAAAGAAGCAACAAGAAGCGCAGUAGUUGGAGGAAUGGAAAAUAAUGACCACCGACCUUAG